CUCUCAGGAGCUCUGAUAGACGAGGCCAAACACCUGGGCAACCUGAGCUUCAACAUCUGGAACAAGAUGAAGGACGAGGUCUCCUACAAACCUGUGAUCCUGGACCCAAACACUGCUUAUGCAAACUUCAUCCUGUCUGAUGAACUGACCAGUGUGAGAGAACAAAAGAGAUGGGAAGAGCAACUACAACUUCCUGGUAAUCCCGAGAGGUUGGAUCGUGACUACAUAGGUGUCCUGGGCUCUGAGGGCUUUGACUCAGGGACUCACAGCUGGGAUGUCGAGGUUGGAGAAAGUACACACUGGGAACUGGGUGUGUUAGCACAGUCUGUCCAGAGGAAGAGAGACAUGCAGUCUGGAAUAUGGAGCAUAGUGUUCAGAGAAGUUGAAUACGACGCGGUCACUACCAGAUCCAGACACCGAUCUCGAGCCGGACACGCCGCCCCGGAGGAUCCGAGUGACUCUGGACUGGGACGGAGGAAAGCUGUCGUUCUAUGA